AUGAACCAAAAUGUUCAAGGGCUACAAGAAGAACUACAGCGAACUCAAGCAGCAAAUUCACAGCAGCAAACUGAAGAAAAAGAACUGCAGGCUAGGUUAUUGAACGAGGUUGAAGAACGGGAAAGAGCACACCAAGAAGUGCAUCAGUGCAGAAAACAGAUUUCAGAAUUAGAGCGCAACUUAGAUCACACCCGUCUGGAUUUAAACAAAACAAGAUCUCAUUACGGUCAGUUAGAGGAACAAUGGCACGCCAGAGAACAAGAUCUUCUAGUCCAUCUGGAAGAUAGUAAAUCAAAAGAAAAACGUUUGGAAGAUCAAAAACAUAAUCUGGAAGUGUGUCUAGUAGACGCCACACAACAAAUUCAAGAAUUGAAGGCCAAACUCGGUGGUGCAGAAGGUCGGGUGAGAGCGUUGGAGAACCAACUUGUUCAUUUGGACUCUGCAAAGAGAGAAGUCGAUCAAAAAUUGAGCAGUAUUAUUUCUACACUUCGCAGAAUCGCUGGUAUUCAAUUAGAUGGAUCCGUUACUAUGCCUUACAGAUUACUCAGCCCGUCUAGAAGGUGGAGCCCAGCAAGAUCAUACGAUGAUGGUCGAGACGGAACAAUAGACGUAGACCCUGAAGUUGUAAGAAAAGGAGUAAGAAGUUUGAUGCAACAAGUAGCGCAAAUCGAAAGAGAACGAGAUGAUUACAAAACCCAAGUACAGAUAACCAAAAAGCAACUGCAAGAGGCACAAGAAGGUAUGAGUAAAGGAGAUAAUAAACUGACGAAAGUAUUACAGAACGUCAGAUCGUUGCAAGAGGAAAAGAGUGGCCUGGAAGCGAAAUUGGGGCAGAAGAAUACCGAACUUCAAGCUCAGAACAACGCGCUUCAAAAGAAAUCGGAAGAAGCGAAAGAGAUGAGGGAACGAGUUGUGAGCCUCGAACUGAGCUUAAGCAGUGGCAACGAACAACGAUUACAAUAUGAGGAUAAAAUGGAUAAAAUGAAAGUAGCAAUUGAUCGACUGGAAGCAGAGAAACGAAGUCUUCAAGAAGAACUAAACAGAACAGAAAACAGAUCGACGAAAUUAGAGUUACAACGAAUGUCUGCAGAAGGCGAUCUACAAAGGCUGCAAAUGAUGUUACAAGAAAAGGACGCGAAUAUUCAGAAACUUCAAGAAAAAUGUGAUCGACAAAGUCGAACUAUAGCCAGUUUGGAAGAAAGAUGUGUCUCUUUAAAAUCAACCAUAGAUCAGAUGACAUUAUCACUAGAAAAAGCAUCUGUCGGCGAGUCUGAAUUAAAGGGAGAAAUGCAGAGUUUACAGAGAGCUCUCAUGGAUAGUACUUCAGCGUCUCAUACAGGAGCUGAACGACUAAAACAGUUACAAAAACAACUUGCCAAUAGCGAGAAUGAGCGUAGAGUCAUCACCGAACGCUUUGAAUCAACCCAACAAAAUUUGGCCGAGAUGAGAAGGAACAACCAGAUCCUGCAAGAUCAGGUGGCGAGGCUAAACAAUGAAUUAGCCAAUAACGAGGUGCAACGAUCCGGUUUGGAGUCUCAGCUGAGAUUGGCGCAAUGGCCUUCCGAUACCGGAGUAUGUUCACAUCACGAAGAAGAACUGAAAAACCAACUGCAUUCGGUGCAACGGGAAAGAAAUGAUCUAAGGACGAAAAUUGAGUCCCUUAAUAACAAGGUCAGACAACUAGAAACAGAAAACCGUUCGUUAGAAAGGCAAGCGUCAAAAGGAACGAACAUCCGCAGCAAAUCGUACGAACGUGAACGGCCGGAAAAAUACGAAUCAGAAUCACUCUCCGGCGAAAACAGAGACCUUCGCCUAAAAAUAUCACAAUUAGAGACAGAACUAUCAGAAAAAGAAGCAGAAAUUAGUAGAUUGAGAAACCAGAGGCAAACUUUGGAUUCCAAAUUCGACAGAGCCGAGAUUGAAAGGUAUAGGGCAGCUCAACUUCAAGCUGAGCGGCUCUUGGAGGCUAGAGAACAGAGCCAUCGGCAGCAAAUAACUCUCCUACGAGAACAGCUCAACCAAGAGAUCAAACGACGCCAACAGUACGUAAUGAGAAGCAGCAAAGCGGGCAGAGAGAUGCAGCAGCUGCGACAAGCCUUAGGAGAUUCCCUGAGGACGGUAUCGCAGGAUCCCUCUCUUGACGCCCUUUUAUUGGAGCACGAGGCCAGGAAAUUAGACAACACGUUAUCGAACACUGCCAGUUUGCCUCCAGCAUUAGGUUUACCGUCCUCUUCGUAUAGGAGGGCGACCACACCACAACCCAAGUAGCAGAAUUCGUCAUAGGUUUGUACGUGAAGGUGACAGAAAUAUAGGAUAAGCCACUGACAAGUGUCGUAUCUUUAAUACAUGAACCAAAAUAUACAUCUACGAUCAAUUUGUAGACCGUUGGAUUUGCAUACCAUAAGAUAGGAAAUAAGACUAAAACAUCUUAGAUAAAUCUUGUCGACACAUAUUAUAGACAACACUUAAUACAAUGUCGCUAUAUACAUUUCUUUAUCCCAUCGUUGUCUCGUUUACUUUUCAUCGGAAUUAUUUACUUCCAGCUUUUUUGAUUUUUUAACGCCUAACGUCCUGAUCAUCUUUAUUUAACCAUUUAAGUACUUUAUUUUGCUUUAUACAGGUUUUCGUAUAAUAUACAACAUCUGUUGCUGUUUUCUAAUCUCAACAUCAUAAAUUAAGAUAAUAAUAUUACGAUUUCAAAAUAAUUUGUAAUGGAAAUAUUUCAAAUUGCCAAAUUUUGGUUUAUUCUAACCUUUUUUAUUUUGAACUAUCUGCGUUAUUUGCGGAAUUUGUAUUUUGUAGUGUGUGUACGUUGAGUAAAUACCAUGUUACAAGUAUAAAACAUGUUGAAUGUUGUCAACCAAUACUGACUCUAUGUGACCCUCCUAUAGAUAAAUCUUUAGGAUGAAAGUUGAAUAGAUUUUGUCAGCAUACCUUUUGCUUACAGAAUUUAUGAGAUGUUAUUAUUAAUUGGCAAUAGUUCAAAAGUUGUCUAUUUAACAAUCCUACACACUAUUUGCAUCUAUUUAACUCACUUUUUUGGUAAGAAAAGUUUUCAUACAUAUACCCUUACAUACAUAUAGGUACUUAACUGUUUGAAUUCAAGUAGAGAAACGUUUUACUACAAUAAACAAUCAUAAGACAUAACCACACAUAACCUCAUAGAAGUUGUUUACAAAUUGAAAAUGACAGUUUUUAACACCAAAAGUUGUUUGUGUUUGAAAAAUCUAUACACGAAAAAAAACUAUACACGAAAAAAUCAAAGAAAAAUGAUAAAAUAUUAAAAUAGCUCAUUUAAACGAAAAUUUUUUUGGCAUACUGUCGUGACGUUAACAUAAAUCAUGUCAUAUGUUAUAUAUCUAAGCUGUCACUUAGUUUCUCUUAGUUUAUCACAGUUCUAUCUCUAUUUUUCUUUGUUUACUAUAAAUAAUAUCAUUUUGGAUUCGAAACACUUUAAAAAAAAAAUAGUUUACGUGGUCUAUACAAACGGAUGUAGUAAAAUAAAGAGGAUAAAAUGGAAAAAAGUGAUAAUAAACUCGUAAAAUGUGUAUUCUAUCACUUCGACAUUCAUGACUUCUAGUUCUAGUUCAAGGAAAUAUGCCAAUGAGGGACAAAAAUGUGGCUUAACCUAUAUAUUCUGUCACCUAUGAGAGUUGUUAUCAAAUGUGUACCUAUUUUUUCGGUUCCUGGUUAAUUUUGUUUAGUUUUGUGAUUUCUAGCCUUAGAUAGAUUUGCACCAAAGAUUAUUGAACUUAUUUAUUUCGUUUCCAUGUUUUGUAAUUGUCUUAGACGACGACAUCGACUUCUUAGCAGUGUUGCUAAGAAGUUACGAAGUACAUUAUAACAUUAUAUUAUAAUAUAUUUACACGACUCACUGCCAUUUUAUAUAUUUAUAGUUUGUUGUAACAGAUUAACUUCUGUCAUUUUUCGUUUAUAAGUCUCACUUAGUUGUUUAAUGUUUAUGGUUAUUUAUUUUUAAUAUUUUAAUGAUACUUAUUGUACUCCGUCCAUUUUUAUAUAAAAAAUAUAACGUAGGUAAUUUUUGCUUCGAAUAAAAUAUUUAAACAC